AUGAUAAUCUAUUGCCAGUCGUCGGUGUUUGAAGCAUUUAACUCCACCAUUAAUCAUUGUAUGGCCACUACAACCGACAAUAAAUCAAUAAGCGCCGGACAAGAAGAAGAAAUCAAUUCACUUCGUGAUUAUUUCAAAGAUAACAUUCGUAUUCUAUCAUCUAUCGGACAAUUUUCAUAUAUUCUUAAAAUUCGCGCCGAUCAAUAUGAUGUUUCCUUAACAUUACAAUUAGAUAAAUCCUAUCCGACGAAAGCACCUGAAAUCAUGAUCACAGCACCUCGUCUGACCCCGGAUCAAAUUCUACUUGUACAACAACUUCUUCAAACGUACAGUCAAACAUUAGCGACUAAACCGAUGAUCUUAUCGAUCUAUACUCGUCUCUUGAAAUGGUUCGAUGAAAACAAGAUUCAAACGUUGACUGUCAAUACGAAUAACAGUAAUACUAACACAAAUAAUGCAUCGAUUUCACCGAGUCCUCGUUCGCCAACGAAUAGUAAAUCGAUUUCAUCCUUUCUCCCAUUGAAUAAUCACACCAGGCCUGCUCAAACCGAUGAACACGAUGCUGAACACGCUAAAAAAAGUUCAGCUAAAACAAUCGAUGAUGUUCUUUCACAUUUGGAAUCGGACACGCGUCUCGAUAAGCGUUUCAUUCGUAUCGGUUACUUCGAUCAACAUCAAAAUUUGCAAGAGAAAUUGUUGCAUAGUUUCGAUUCGAAAACUGAUCUGCCCGCGUUCACUGAUCGACAAAUCAAUUCGAAAUCUCGUAUACAGUACUUGAAAUAUGCAAAUGAACUUAUUUGGGACAAAGAAUCACGAGUUGAUUUAAUCUUUGGCUCAACAAGUAAUCAACAGACAAUUUCCGAUGUGAUCAAACGACACGAAAAUCUAUCAGAAACAAAGACUUCACAAAAUGAACAAGUCAUCGAGAUUGAUCCUACUUUAUCAACCAAACGUUACCUAACCUUAACUGAUAGUUUAUACAAACCGAAUUAUUUACUAUCAAUCCCAAUAACUGAUCCAUCUCUUAUUUCACACUAUAUCACAUACCGUGAACAUCUUCUUGCAUCCAAUCCAAGCUUAUUUUCGUCGUCAUCGUCACACGUAUUCACAAUCGACCCGCAUUAUCUUCAUUUAACUUUACUAACCUUACGUCUCGAAUCCCCGUUACAAAUCGAGCAGUGUAUAUUAGCAUUGAAGCGUAUUCAAGAAGAAGUUCAUUAUCAUUGCUCCUAUCCCGAACGUAUUUGUUUAGAGUUCAAUGGAAUUGACACCUUUCAUAAUAAGACAUUGUUCGUCAAAUGUCAACGAAAUGCGCGCUUGGAAAAUCUUCGAACGUUGAUUAUCGAACGUCUAUGUGAGCAAAAACAGAAACAGAAAAUGAAUGAAAUCUUCUUCGCAGGAAAUUAUCAAGAAUUUGUUCCACAUAUAAUUCUAUUUAAAAGUAAAAGAAAAUUCUUAUCAACAUAUGCAAAUGAACUCAACAAUACGAUUUAUUUUGGUAAACAACUUAUCGAUGCUCUACAUCUUUCAUCCCUAAGUCCGAACGAAAAUGAACAACAGAAACAUCACUGUAUAUUUAAGCUCGAUUUAAGUUAG